CUUUCCCCGAGUCUCUAUGGUAGCGUCAGCCUCUGAGGCGGUAGCGACGGUGGCAUUUCCUUGAGGAAGCGUGAGGAUUUCAACUUUCCUGCUGAUCUGGGAGGUAUUGGGCGCGGAGGGUCGCGAUGUCAGAGAAAAAGCAGCCGGUAGACUUAGGUCUCUUAGAGGAAGACGACGAGUUUGAAGAGUUCCCUGCUGAAGACUGGGCUGGCCUAGAUGAAGAUGAAGAUGCACAUGUCUGGGAGGAUAAUUGGGAUGAUGACAAUGUAGAGGAUGACUUCUCUAAUCAGUUACGGGCAACUAUACUCUUGAUGAUACAGGUUUAUGAAACCCCAUACAGCCGCUAUGUUCUCUACCAAAAGGGAAGGAUGUGCAGUGCUUUCCUUGCUGCUAACAGAUCAUCAACGUGUAUGUGCUUAUGGCCCCACCUAACUGCAAACAGCUGGGAUGCACAGUAGUGGAGAGCCAUUGUUGAGCACUAGUCAGGUGGAUAUGUGCACGGAGUAAGUGAAGAGGGAGCAGGGUGGUGCUGUAGCAUUUCAGGCAGAGAGAGCAGCCUGGGCAAAGGUCCAGCCUGACUGAGGUAGGAUUAUGGUUAGCAUAUUGCAGUACUGUUGGGUGGUAAGAGAUUAUGACACUUCCUUUAGCUACAUACCUGGGGGUUACUUGAAAGGUGAUCGUAUUUAUUUAGCUGCCAGAGUUCAGUGGAAAGUCAUGUUUUUUAUAUAAAAAGAAGGCUGGGCAUGGUGGCUCAUGCUUGUAAUCCCAGCACUUUGGGAGGCCAAGGCAGGUGGAUUACCUGAGGUCAGGAGUUAAAAGACCAGCAUGGCCAACAUGGUGAAACCCUGUCUCUACUAAAAAUGCAAAAAUUAGCCAGGCAUGGUGGUGCAUGCCUGUAAUCCUAGCUACUCGGGUGGCUGAGGCAGGAAAAUUGCUUGAAUCCAGGAGGCAGAAGUUGCAGUGAGCUGAGAUCAUGCCACUGCACCCCAGCCUAAGUGUUAGAGCGAGACUCAGUCUCAAAAAAAUGAAUAAAAAUAAAAAAUAAUAAUAAGAAAUGACCUCCAUGUUUUAUUUAAUAAUUAUCUGUCUCCUAAAAGACAGAUAACUAUUAAUAAUUAUUAAUCAUACACUGUGUGAGAAAUAUUACAUAUGUGUUUUUUCACUUAAUUCUAAGCAGUAUCAUUGUCCCCAUUUUACAGAUGAUAAAACAGACAAACACAGA